CUCGCCAAGAUAAUCCCUGUUAUUAGAUGUUACAUUACGAACAAAGUGAAAAACUAGUGGCCCGUUGGCGUUAAAUUUUAUUCGAGAAAUUUGUAGAAUAUUUUGAAUAGUUGAUCAGCCGGUCACGUCAGCGGUGCUGCUCCAUGCGUUCUUUUAUAAAAUAUGGCGACGAGUAAGGGUUUCGCAGUUAUAUUUCGGCCAAAAAGUAUCAGCAUUGCUGGGUGGAAUAAGUGGAAUAAAUCGUCGUCAAGCAGUUUUCAGCGAUGCAGUAGCUGGCAUAAUCAUUUCUCAAGUUCUGUGUUCGGUGCCGAUUCUUGGAAUAGUCAGAAAUCGGAUAAAUAUGUUUCUUGCAAGUCUUCCACAUUACGACGAAGUUUUCAUUUAUCAGCAAAACUAUUAGCAAAGCGCAAUUACUAUGAGAUCUUAGGAGUGUCUAAAAAUGCCUCUCCAAAGGAUAUAAAGAAGUCGUAUUACGAACUUGCUAAAAAAUAUCAUCCAGACACUAACAAGGGAGAUCCAAAUGCAGGAAAAAAGUUUCAAGAAGUUUCAGAGGCGUACGAAGUGCUUAGUGAUGAGGUCAAGAGAAAAGAAUACGACACCUGGGGGUCGACUUCAGAGCAAAUGGGUAUGGGCCAAGGCUCUCGAGCAAAAGGAGGGUCACAGGACUUCAACCAAAAUUGGCAGUUCAGGUCUUCUGUGAACCCUGAGGAAUUAUUCAGGAAAAUAUUUGGCGAUCAGAAUUUCCAGAGUGGAAAUUUUACUGAAUAUGAAGAUUUUGCGGAGACCAAUUUUGGUUUUGGAGCAGCUCAAGAGGUCAUCAUGAAUCUGACUUUUUCUCAAGCCGCACGUGGGGUGAACAAGGAUGUGAAUAUCAAUGUUGUGGAUACAUGUCCACUGUGCGCAGGAUCUCGCUGCUCUCCAGGUACAAAAGCGGUGCGGUGCCAACACUGUAAUGGAACUGGUAUGGAAACGAUAAGCACUGGUCCAUUUGUAAUGCGGUCCACCUGUCGUUACUGUCAAGGUUCUAGAAUAUACAUCAAAUAUCCAUGCACCGAAUGUGAAGGAAAAGGCCAAACGGUCCAGCGUAAAAAAAUUACCGUCCCAGUGCCGGCCGGUGUAGAAGAUGGUCAGACUGUUCGAAUGGGUGUAGGCAACAAAGAAAUUUUCAUAACAUUCCGUGUGGAGAAAUCAAAGUACUUCCGCCGAGACGGCGCGGAUGUUCACACGAGUGCCGAGAUUUCCUUGGCGCAGGCAGUUUUGGGAGGUUCAAUCAGAGUGGAAGGAGUCUACGAGGAUCAGACGAUACAGAUUCGACCUGGAACGCCUUCUCAUACUAAAAUACGACUUUCUGGUAAAGGCUUGAAAAAAGUCAACAGCUUAGGCUACGGGGAUCAUUAUGUAGAAAUCAAGAUAGCCAUCCCGUCAUCUCUAACGGAAAAACAGAAGGCGCUGCUUCAAGCAUAUGCAGAGCUAGAGUCGAACACACCUGGCAGCAUUUAUGGAGUAACAUUCAAGACAGACGGUACAAAGCAGUGCACCACCGGUCCGUUGAACUUGGUGGAGAGUAUUCGUGUAGCAUUAGGUGAUCGUCCAAUUGAAAACGAAGCAUUACCACCUCAUAUAACAGGCCCUGGGGAUCAGCCUCAAGGAAUGGAAAAAGGGUCACAGUCGAAAGCAACCACCGAGAAUACAGUUGACUUGGAAUCUGAUGGAGAACAAAUUGAAAAGGAGAAGGAUGAAAGUAUGAAGGCCAGAAGACAAAAGAUGCCGUGAAAAAUCUACGGAGUGGGAAAGUCGAAGCACAUGGUACUCACUAAAAGUUAGUAACGUAGUAGUUAGAAAAUUUGUUACUCUUUACAAUUACUGUUACCCAAAUCAUCUUUACGGGUGUUUCGUUCAAUCCGCGACACCCUAAGUGCCAUUGCAUGCUGCUCUGCGAUAAAUGGGUUGGUCGUGAUUACCUAAUUGCAGUCUUCUUAAAUAGCUGCCUUUUAUCAUUUUCCAUAAACUACUUUACUCAGUUAGCUAAUCGUUGGUAGAACCGGCAUUCGUAUACACGUGUAUAUCUGACUAAUUAUUGUUAUCUGUGAACCAAAUGAUUCGCUGUAAAUUUUGACCCUGAUUAUUAACUACGUAGUUGACUGUAUCUAUAUUCACAUAUGUAUAAUAUCUAUGUACAAUAUACAUAUGGAUAUUGCAUAGGAUGUACAAAGGCAGUAAAAAAUAAAUACUGCAAGUUACCUUAAAAA